AUGCGGCGGGACCGGUACUAUCGCAGCGUUCGAGAGCGAACGCCGCUCUUGCGUCGAAUCACAGAAGAACCUGGAGCUGUGAUUCGCGGGUCCAUCUCGAGUGCACUGGAAGGACUUCGGCAUGAUGAAGAACAACCCAUAUCGAAAACCCGUGGAGGCUUUAUUAUAGCAUCCAUUGGACUACUCAUCUUCUUGCAAGCUACAAACAUGUCGAUCCUGACCACCACUCAAUCCGCCAUCGCAGCAGACCUGGAUGCAUUCGACAAUGUAACAUGGCUCACUUCAUCAUACUUGAUCGCCAUGUCUUCUCUUGCUCCCCUGAUGGGUCGAUUGUCUCAGGUCUUUAGUCCUAGACUUUGCAUGUUCAUCUCGACAGUCAUCAUCGCCGCUGGAACACUCAUCAUUGCUACCUCAACGACGUUCGAAAUGUUCAUCGUCGGUCGCGUCAUCUCAGGAGCAGGUGCUAGUGGUAUCUUCAUCGUUGCUAGUAUCAUAACCAUUCAGAUGACCAGCCCAGAACGUCGUGGCCUGUUCAUUGGCCUUGUGAACACCAGCAUGACUGCAGGUGUAUCGCUCGGCGCUGUCAUUGCUGGAGCACUGGAGUCCAAGGUUGGAUGGAAACCGCUCUUCGGUGUCCAGUCUCCACUGUGCCUCCUCGCUGGACUUGGACUUCUCCUUGCGAUUCCGGUCAACUACGCCUCACAAGGCAACAAACAUGUUCAGUACACCUUCAAGCAGAAGCUUGCGCGGAUUGAUUACUCUGGAGCCCUGUUACUUGUCGUCACCAUCGUCCUAUUCCUCUUUGCUUUGUCGGGCCCCAGUGUUCUUCCGUAUCCCCUCGCACUGUCCGCAUUUUCACUGCCGUUGUUCGUUAUGAAUGAAAUUUACGUCGCAAAAGACCCCGUCAUCCCAGUCAACGUCAUGAGGUCGCGAGGCACAUUGCUCACCUGCCUGGCUACCGUUGGUGCCAUGAUGGCCAGAUGGGCAGUCCUCUUCUAUACGCCAGUGUAUGCUCUUGCUGUUCGCGAAUGGGUCCCUGCAGCUGCUGGAUCCAUCCUCAUCCCUACCAACGCCGGUUUUGCAGCUGGUGGUAUUCUCGCUGGAGUGUACCACAUCAAGCGCGAAGGAAGCUUCUACGCACACAGCGUCAUCUCCAUGGCGCUUUGGCCCAUCACCAUGGCUUUCAUUGCUCUCACCUCCACAACUACGAGUAGCAUGGCGCUGUACAUGCUCCUGGUAUUUCUCAAUGGUCUUAUCACCGGCGCUGCGCUCAACUAUACCCUGGUACAUCUCUUACACUUGACGUUGCCAGAGCUUCACCCCAUCAUCAUCUCCUUGCUUGCAACAUUUCGUGGCUUUGCGGGUAGUUUUGGUUCGGCGAUUGGCGGCGGUCUCUUCGGUCGUGUCUUGUAUCGCUCGCUCGUGGACGGUUUCGCGAACGCAGGCCUGACUCAUCGCGAUGAUCUGUUGAGAAAGCUCUUGGGUAGCCCUGCUCUAGUCGGUCAGCUUGAAGGCGCAGAGAGGGAUGUCGCUGUCGGUGCCUACCAGGACGCCAUCAAGGCUCUGUUCUUCGCGGCCACCGGACUGGCCGUAGUCGUUACGCUGGUCCAAGCUUGCACCGGCUGGAAGAAACCAUUGCCAAAGACUAAGCUGGAUCCCGAGGAGACCAUUGCGGGCGAGGAGGGGGCUAUUGGAGGAAUCUAG